UUGGCGAAUGUCUCAUAAGGAAUCAACCUCGUCUCUAAUACCAUCAAUAUCAACGCUAAAAGAGCCCAGUGGGGUUAGAAAUGCUAUAAAAGUUGGUCUGUUUGGUAGCCAAUCUUCAUCGCUUGUUUUUGCAAGACAAAAGAGUCUUGAUUUUCAUCAUGUUGAUCCGAAAACAUCGUCUUUCCACCACAAUGAAUCUAUUGAGAUAGAUUCUGCAAUUCUUGACUUAAUAAGCUUCAAAGAUUUGAAAAGAAACAGGACUUGGGUUCUUACCUUAUCUGAGAAUGGAAAAGUGAAAUUUUAUACUUAUGAUGAAGCACAGCUGCUGGUUAUUCUCUCAGAUCAUUUGACUGUCGAAUGCACUUCAAACCAAGAGAAAAUAGAGAAACCAAGAAUGCAGGUAUUGUCAGAUGACGAUGGAGAUCAAUUUAUUUUCAUAAAUUAUUUCUUUGGUCAAUCGUUACUAUUAAAUUUGACAGAGCAUAUAUUUACCACUACUGACAGCCAGGUACGAGCAAAACGUCGAGAUAGGCCAUUCGCUAAGUAUGGCUAUUCGAAUAAACUUAUUUAUCUACAUUUAGAUGAAACCUAUAUAACCGAUAUUGCAGUGAAUAGUUCACGAGACACUUUGGCAAUAUUGUAUCAUGACACCGAAUUCAAUUUCGGAAUUAAAUUUUAUAAAUUUGUCAAGCACUCCUUGAGGGUUUUGAAAGACCACCAGAUCCUGUUUGCUGAACCACCCAGCAUCAUCAUACCAACGUCCCAAGAUGGUUUUUUUGUACUUAGUGACAUCUAUGCUUACUAUAUAUCGCCAUUAAACCGGAGUGAAUAUAAAAUACAUAAGAAGAAUAAAGAUGAAGGUAUAACCAAGGGCCAUGGUUGCAUAAUGAAAAAACUUUGUUGCAAUUCUGAGGGUAGAUAUAUCGGAGAGCAGUGGACUCAUAGUACUUACAUCGACGAAACGAGGUUUCUUCUCAUCUCGGAUUCUGGAACAACCUGCUUAUUGCACUUUGACGUGAAACUCAAGGGGUCUUUGACAAUUCUUAAGUCGAUAAGCUUUUUGAAUUUGGGGAAAUUGACCAUAGCAUCUUCUCUCCUUCAUGUGAAUGCAAAUUUGUUUAUAGCACCUUCGUGGUUUUCGCAAUCCCUUUUAUUCAAGGUCGUUACUGAAGAUCCGUAUCUAGAGAUUAUACAUUGGCUUGAGUCAUCACCACCCAUUGUGAAUAUAACGAACAGCACAACUUACGGACCUCUAAUAUGUGCUGGUGGUUUUGCUUCAGGGGAAAUUACCGUUUUGCUGUCAAGUGAAUAUAGUUUUGAAAUGUUGAAAUCUUUCAAAGCACCUCCAGAAUCAUGGAAAUUCAAGAUUGAUGCGUUUAACAUUUACAUCCUUGGUCAAACAAAUCAGAUCUUGAAAAAGUUUGAUUUGAAAAGUUGGUCCAGUCAACUCCCAACAACGGAAACAAAUAUUAUAGACUAUAGAAAUUUCAACAAUCUAGAUUAUGUUUUGAGUGAUUCAAAUUUUACGAUUGGUACAAACGUCGUUUAUCUUGCUGAUAUUACGCAUGGAGCGAUACUCCCAAAGUCUGUUAUAAUCUUGGAGAGACCAGGCUUACUCAAAAGGCUUCCGUUUGACGGCAACAGGACAGUUUGGAGAGAGAUACAAGACAUCGAGAACCUUACAUGCCUCGAGGUAGUAGACGAGUAUAUAACAUUGGGUUAUUCUUCGGGCCACUUUUCGUUGCUACGCAUAAACGACUUUUCAGUAGUUUUUCAGGGACAACUUGAUGAACCUGAUCCAAUAUGGUCUUCCAAUUUGAUCAGGCAAUAUACUUCCAUAAAAUUGGUAUUUCUUUCAUGUGUGCUGACUAUUACUAUAUUUGAAAUUGAUGCAGACAGUGGGUCAGCCUUUUAUAUCUGGAGUGAAACUUAUUUCCCAGACGAUUCAUCAGUUAGCUGCAAAAAUGAAGUUUAUACUUUGAUUGAGAGAAAAUCGCUGCUUUCAGAUCCACCAAUACUAAUGUUUAACGGACGAGAGCUUUUCGAUCUAAGUCAUAACAAUGGAAUAUAUUCGAAACGUAACAUUCAUUCCUUCUCCUCUUCAAUUUUGGAAGCUAAAUGGACAGAUCUGACAUUUCAAAAUAUUGUUGUAUUACUAGAGUCAAGUGCAGUGGAAGUUUUGAAAUUUCAAAAAAGCCCUGGCAAGAAAUCAUAUUUUUCAAAUAUGAUUUAUGGAAUUGAUUGUCUUGAAUUUUCGGAAUACAGUGUUAUUGUAUCCCAAGAGACUAGUCACCCCACCCGAUAUUCUUUGAAAACGAUCAACGUAACCACAAUGAAUGUUAUCGAUCAAAUUUAUAUGGAAAAGGGUUGUGGGAGUCUUAUCGACUUGGCGGUUUCCUCUAGCGGACUGACACAGCAAGUGGUUAUAUUACGGGACAAUCCAGAAUUCCUUAUGGUUUUCAAAAUGGUGCUGGGUAAAUUAUCAAGAGUAAAUGUAAAAUUCCCUGAAUUGAAGAAAAAAAAAGAUAAAUUCCAUAAGAUACGAACUUUCAAUGAUUCUAAAAGGCAAGGUCAUUACUAUAUCAGUGGUUCAAGCAACAUGGUUUUGUCACUUGAUGAAGAAAAAGGCUCGAUGGUAUGUCGAUUUGAUAGAUCUACUGAGUGGAAAUCACCAUCCAUAACCAUCGAUUCAAAACCCUUGUCUAAAGACUUAAUGUGUGUUUGCGAUCUCACAGACGGUCUUUUCUAUCAUCAUAGGAAUAAUAAUCCAACUAUAGAAGUUAGGCCGGUAACAGUAAACAAAAUGCUCUACGGCCAUCAUUAUAUUACAGCAUUUGAGGCAUUUGAUAUUGGCCACUCGAGAUAUGUCAUAUACGGCGAUGCUUUGGGCAAUAUAGGAGUAUUUACUGAAAGCCUCCAGGCAUCCAAACCAAAUUUACCUAAAGUAAUUAACAUUGGUGAAUCCAUAACUACCAUCAAGAAACGCCUGGAGUUCUCUGUAUUGAUUGGAACUUCAUGCGGAGGAUUGUAUUUGCUCAAUUUCGAACAUGAGGAUAGUGAAGUUGAGCAGAUGAUUACCAGAACAAGUCAGGUGUUAAGUGACUAUAGGAUCAAGCCCAGGUUCGUACAGUGGAAGACUAUAAACCAAACUCCAGAAGAUCAGAAAUACCCUGAUAAUACUAAAAUACUUGAUCUUACGAUAUUAGAGAGAGUUUUAACAAUGUUUUACACUGAUGCUAAUGAUAACGUAUCUGCAAAAGUUUUCUCAAGUUUACAAGAUAAGGGUAUAACAUUGGAGACCAUACGAAAAGCCUUAUCCCAUAGAAUAUAGCCAUUCUCUCACAGAUAUAGAUCCUUG